GCAGUCCGGAGUGGGAGAAUUGGAGAUCAUGAGAUGAUGAUGCUGAUAGAUUUAGGGAGAGCGGCAAGCUGGGCUCUAACACAGAGGAUCCUAUGAUUCCUAUCCAUGUCUCCACCCACAACCGUCGUGGCCAUCCCAGUUCUCCCCCAUUUUCAACGCACAGACUGCCGCCGCGGCACCUUGGUUCUGGCGAGGGGACGGGUGAGGGACAGGGCCUGCUGGUGGCGUUCGCAGCGGGUAACUAUUCGCAGGCCUUGCGACGCCCGGGGAUGGCCCUCUUAUCCGUUUCUGGGUCUUACUCCGCUCUGUCCAUUCCAGUGGAAACUUUCCCUGCCAGCGGGCACACCAGGUGGCAGGGCCUCAGUUGCGAAAUGCGAGGCGCACAGCGUGGCGUUGGUGUGCAUAACUUUUCGACGCCGGUGCAGCGUCUUGGAACGAGGAGGACGGUCAGUGGGAUCAAUGCCUGUGAAGAGCUUCUUCCCUUGCAGACUCUUUCCUGCAGACGACAAAGGAAAUCCAGUUGGAAGAUGAGAGAGAGAGGGGAGAGGUAUGCAGUGGAGCGUUCAAUGGACCAUUCCUCUGUAAAUGCCGACGGGUAAUAUUGGUAGCAAAAACCCAUUACCACCGUGACCAUCAAUCACUAUGACCACAACCACCACCAACAGUAGUGCAUGUAUACAUGUGUGUAUGUACUGUAUGUACACAGUACUGUACAUACUCCGUACAUACAGAUGGGAGCAAAAGUGCAGUACAUGGCCCGUACAUACAUAUGAUAGAGUACUUUUUUGGUGGUUAUCGCCCG